AUGGAUACGAAUAUCGCAAGGAUUUAUUUUGUUGACAGCAACGGUAACCAAAUUCCGAUUCCGAAUGGUAUUACUCUCAGAGAUACUCUCAACAAUACUCCUUCACGCUUAGUAGCUGGAAAUUUCUUUAUUUCGUGGAUUAGUAACUAUUCAUUGUUUCAAAAUGGUGUCGAAAUUUGUGCAUUAAAAAUCAGAAACAGCAAUUGGUUGAAGGAUUGGACGGAUAGCCCCCAGAAAAAGCAUAUUGGUGAAUCUACAAAUAAACUAUCAACCCCUGUAAUUAGAAAAGAAAAUGCAAAUAAUUUUGUUAAUUUGUAUAAUAAUAUAAUCUAUAAAGAAAUUCAAAAUGAAAUUACAAAUCAAAAAGUUAUAACUUGUUAUUAUCUUUUUGGUAAAGCACUUGUUGAUAGGUAUGAAUAUUAUAAAACAAAUAAUCCAAAACAUACAGCCCAAGCAUUAGUAG